GGGGGUGUCCUGCCAAGUUCGGCUUCCUUAGCUGCGGGGAGCGUGGCCAGAGGUCUGCAGCUGCAGGUUCUGGCCUCGGAGGUCGCGGGUUCUGCUAUCCCGAUUCGGUUGUGGCGGUCGCGAUGUUUUUUUCUGAGGCUGGGGCCCGACCACGGACGUGGGAAGCCAGCCCCUCAGAACACAAGAAGUGGGUGAAAGUGUUUAAAGCAUGCGAUGAAGAUAACAAAGGCUAUCUAAGCAGAGAGGACUUUAAAGUGGCUGUUGUAAUGCUGUUUGGGUACAAGCCCACCAAGAUAGAAGCUGAUUCUGUGAUGUCUUCAGUAAAUCCAAACACUUCUGGCCUAUCACUUGAGGAGUUUUUAAGUAUUGUAAGAAAAAAGAAGGAAGUUCAACUCCAUCGGAACGAGAUAAGACACAUCUUCACAGCUUUUGACAGGCACUACCGUGGAUAUUUAACAUUGGAAGAUUUCAAGAAAGCAUUUAGGCAGGUGGCUCCCAAGUUAUCAGAACGGACCAUUCUGGAGGUAUUCAGGGAUAGCAAAUUGUUGGCAGGAGAGUCAGCAUCUUCUCCUGGACCCACGGCCUGUACUCAUCUGAGGGGCCUCAGAACUUUUGGCAUCACACCCUAAGCCAGUUCCUCAGCAUUGUCACACACGAUCAGAUCAACUUGCUCUCUGUCAUCGUUGUACCAAAACUUUCCUUCUGCUUUGCAGGUGAGCUUGCCUUUCUGCUUCAUGGACAGGGCCGUGGCCUCUGCCCGGGUUAUGUCUCCUGCCUCCUCUUUGCCCCCAAACCUCUCAAUUUGCUUUCAAUUCUAGUUGUAAGGAAGAGGAUCUCUUCUGUUUUUCUAAUCUCUCUGUUUUUCUGAUCUCUUUUUCUAAUUCCCCUCCUUUGUUCUGAUCUCACCCCCUCCCCUUUUUCUGAUCUAAGACCUUUCUCCAUCCUCCAUUCCCUCUCCUGUGUGUAUAACUUCCAUAGCUGUCUGCACACAUACUCUAAUCCCCCAGCCUAGAAAGCUGCCCC